ACUGUGAACUUUCUUACGUUGUUACUGUUGUCAUUAUCAGCAUCCUGUGGCUCCUCUACUUCUUCUGACAGGGAGUUAGGGCGACUCCGGAGUGUGAUUGAGCUGGAUAGCCCCUCUGUGACUGUAGAGCAAGUAGCUGCCAUUGAGCAGAGCGUCAAUGAAAAAAUCAGAGACCGGCUGCCUGUGAAUGUGCGAGAACUGAGCCUAGAUGAUCCUGAGGUGGAGCAGGUGAGGGGCCGGGGUUUGCCAGAUGACCACGCUGGGCCCAUUCGAGUUGUUACCAUCAAGAAUGUUGAUUCCAACAUGUGCUGUGGGACCCAUGUGAGCAAUCUUAGUGACCUUCAGGUCAUUAAAAUUCUGGGCACUGAGAAGGGGAAAAAGAACAAAACCAACCUGAUAUUUCUGGCUGGGAACCGCGUGCUGAAGUGGAUGGAGAGAAGUUAUGGAACUGAAAAAGCAUUGACCACUCUGCUUAAGUGUGGAGCAGAGGAUCACGUGGAUGCCGUGAAAAAGCUGCAGAACUCCACCAAGCUCCUGCAGAAGAACAACCUGAAUCUGCUGAGAGACCUGGCUGUGCAC